AUGCAAUCUCUAUUCACAGUUUCCCCUCCCAGAUUAAGAUUUUUGAACACAACAGUAGCAAUUAUUUUGUCAAUUCUAAGGGCACACUCAGUUGGAGCUGACAUUGAUAUCUAUCGUCCAGCACAAUUUUCAGUCGGCAAUUCCUGCUACCUUGUCCUCUCUCCUCUUUCAUUCUGCAAUUUGUUUUCCUAAUUCCUAUAAAUUCAACACUAUCUGAUUCUAACCCACCAUCUUCAAUUCAUCAUCCAUAUGGCCACACCUACCACUUCUACCAAGCUCCUACUCUCUGACUUUGCAUCCACUGUUCAAAAUGUUCCCUCUAAUUAUAUCAGACCCAUCAAUGAGCGUCCAAAUCUCACACAAGUCCAAGUAUCAGAUGCUUCUUCUGUUCCUCUUAUCGACCUUGAUGGUCUUGACGGCCCCUGCCACUCUGAAAUCAUCGAACAGAUUGGUUUAGCAUGCCAACACGAGGGUUUCUUUCAGGUGAAGAACCACGGAAUUUCAGGGGAAAUGAUCAAUAACAUGUUAAACAUUGCAAGAAAAAUUUUCAAACUGCCAGAGAGUGAGAGGUUGAAGAGUUACUCUGAUGAUUCUUCUAAAACCACUAGACUCUCCACUAGUUUUAAUGUUAAGACCGAAAAGGUGGCCAACUGGAGAGAUUUCUUGAGACUUCAUUGUUACCCUCUUCAAGACUCAAUCUGGGAAACUGUUGACAAAUUUUCUUGCAAUGUUUAACAUGUUAUUAGGCUCUGUUUUCAUCAGUUGUCAUCUUGUGCAAAGUGAACAAUAACCAACACCCCGGAAGCCAUAGGU